CUCACUUGACCCUAAUUCCGAAAACUACAGAAAAACCCCUCUUUCUUUCUCUCUCUCGCACACACUGUAUCAGCAUCAUCUUCUUCUUCUUCUCUAGUCGCCUCGCCCAAGAACUUCAUCCAGGGUUCAAGUACUGCGAAUAUAAAUCGUUGUUUAAAUUCGUGAGUGGCCAAAUAACAUACCAACAACUUCUUGAAGCAGAAGAAAAUCACUUUAGAACAGGCACAAUGUCACGAAAAGGUUUGAUGGAGCAAGACCUGGGUAAAUUGGAUGUAACUAAGUUAAAUCCACUAUCGCCUGAAGUAAUAUCUCGUCAGGCAACCAUCAAUAUUGGCACAAUAGGCCAUGUGGCCCAUGGCAAGUCAACAGUUGUAAAAGCAAUAUCUGGUGUUCAGACUGUUCGUUUCAAGAAUGAAUUGGAGCGCAACAUUACCAUUAAGCUUGGAUAUGCAAAUGCAAAAAUAUACAAAUGUGAAGAUGAGCGGUGCCCUCGACCUAUGUGCUACAAAGCAUAUGGAAGUGGAAAGGAAGACAGUCCUCUAUGCGAUGUUCCAGGAUUUGAGACUGCUAGGAUGAAAUUGCUGAGACAUGUUUCAUUUGUCGACUGCCCGGGUCAUGAUAUUCUUAUGGCUACAAUGCUUAAUGGUGCUGCCAUCAUGGAUGGAGCGUUGCUUCUCAUAGCUGCUAAUGAGAGCUGCCCCCAACCACAGACGUCUGAGCACUUGGCUGCUGUUGAAAUUAUGCGCCUUCAGCACAUUAUAAUUCUUCAAAAUAAGGUUGACCUCAUUCAAGAAAAUGUAGCCAUCAACCAGAACGAGGCAAUUAAGAAAUUCAUUGAGGGAACUGUUGCUGAUGGUGCACCAGUGGUACCAAUUUCUGCUCAGUUGAAGUAUAAUAUUGAUGUUGUCUGUGAGUACAUUGUUAAAAAGAUCCCUAUUCCGGAAAGGAAUUUUAUCUCUCCUCCUAACAUGAUUGUAAUUCGGUCAUUCGAUGUCAACAAACCUGGAUUUGAGGUUGAUGAUAUAAAAGGUGGUGUGGCGGGUGGAAGUAUCCUCAGGGGUGUUUUGAAAGUGAAUCAAUUUAUUGAGGUUCGUCCUGGGAUUGUUGUUAAAGAUGAAAAUGGAAACACCAAAUGCACACCAAUUUAUUCCAGAAUUGUUUCAUUGUAUGCCGAGCAAAAUGAGCUGCAAUUUGCAGUACCAGGGGGUCUCAUUGGUGUUGGUACAACCAUGGAUCCUACUUUGACUCGUGCUGAUAGGUUGGUGGGACAAGUUCUUGGCGAAGUUGGAUCACUGCCCGAGGUUUUUGUCGAGCUUGAGGUUAACUUCUUCCUUCUGCGAAGGCUAUUGGGUGUGAAGACAAAGGGCUCAGAGAAGCAAGGAAAGGUCACAAAGCUGACCAAGGGAGAGAUGCUGAUGUUGAACAUUGGAUCCAUGUCAACAGGAGCCAGGGUUCUUGCUGUAAAGAACGAUUUGGCGAAGUUGCAACUCACCUCCCCAGUUUGCACCAGCAAAGGGGAGAAGAUUGCACUUAGUCGAAGGGUAGAAAAGCACUGGCGGCUGAUCGGGUGGGGCCAGAUUCAAGCUGGAACUACUCUUGAUGUUCCACCCUGCCCCAUUUGAGCUGACUCUGCAUACAUAGACAGAAAAGACAAGAAAGGGUAAAGAGCGAAAGGAAGAAAGAUGUGGCAAGGUCGAGAACUGUUGGGAACAAUUUUUUUGAGAUGGAGAAGAAAACCUCAUUUGGAUCAAUACUCUGUUUUUUUGUUUACCUCGUUACCAUAUUUUUUUUUGGGUUUACUGUUUAGUGUAUUCUGAGUUGGUUAAUUGGAUACUUCGUGCCGAUUCUAAAUUUAGAGUUUUGGAUUUCAUUCUUCUCGAUGACUAUGGGGUGGUUUGCUUAAAAACCAUACCAGAGUAUAAUAUUGCAUUUUUGUGAGUGAAGAUGAUUCGUUAGCAAUCGAUAUCAACCUUUCUUUA